AUGGGCAACCUGCAGAGCCUGGACAACCGCAGCGCCGGGCUGAGCAAGGCGGAGCUCGAGCGGAUGGAGCGCAGGCUCAAGCGGCUGGGGCGCGGCGAGAAGGAGCUGGCGCGCUCCGACUUCCAGAUGAUCCCGGAGCUGGCGGGCAACCCCUUCCUGCCCCGCAUCUUCGAGAUGUACGACCAAGACGGAGACGGGUACAUGAACGCCCGGGACCUGCGCUCCCUGCUGGACAGCCUGACCGCGCUGGCAAACGAGGAGGCGCGGUUCCAGUUCGCCUUCCGCAUCUACGACGCCGACGACGACGGCUUUGUGACGCGCAGCGACCUGCUGCGCCAGCUGCAGCAGACCAACCGGCGCGGGCUGUCGGCGCCGCAGCUGGAGCAGAUUGCGGGCAGCACGGUGGCGACGUUUGACGCGGACGGAGACGGCCAGCUGUCGUACCAGGAGUUCCGGGCGCUGCUGUCCGCGUCCAGCACAGAGCGCAACAAGACGCUCAACUUCUAG